GCCACAGGAGGAAGUUCAUCUGAAAUUACCAUUUGCGAAGUGACACUUACCAAGAACACAACAACUUCAAGACAUCUUGUAACCGCAAGUGCCUGUUGGACACGACUCUUGUCGACGGAAGUAGGCGUCAUAGCUGCUCUAUUGUAGACAUUGUAUACUGACAUAAAGUGCUAAAGUAUUUCCUAAUUAACCUCUACGUCCGGGUCUGAGUCCUUGUGACAAGAUCGCUUAAUUAGCCAACUGGUACCUGCACCAAUUCAUUGUUCACUACUUGAUUUAGUGUUGCAUCCGAAAAAAUUCAGGAAGUCUAAGUACAUCGUCUUGCAGCCAUUAAUUCUACGAAUUUACGUCAGUCCGUUUCGAUAAUUUUUUCAUCCAACCGAAGAUAGUUCUUGGUAGUUUGUGUUACCGCUACUUUUCACGCUUUUGCGAGGAAAACAGGAUUGAAGUGAUAGAAGCAAAUAGAUUUCUAAAAGAACGCCACUGUGAAUACUCAGCACCUAAGUAGUUCAGUACGGAGCCAGCACCAAAAUCCUACUGCGUGUAUAAUUUUGUUUGAACAACGAAAGGAUCCUGGUAGUGCUCAGUAGAAAGUAACUGUCUGAGCCGUUUUCUUUUUUCGAUUUGACCAGUAGAACAAGAGCCGGAAAUUUAUUUCAGGUGAACUAUCCUGCACAAUACAAUACACGAUGUCAGCUUUCAAGAAGUCAUCUCUCCUUCUCGUCGUGGGCGGUUUUUUCAGCGCUCCCAGCUGCAUCGAAGCCGCCUACCUUUCUUCGCGCGAAUCCAGUCCGGGUAAGGAAAAUUACCACUCGAGGACCUCGGCAUAUCCUUUGGCCCACAACAAGAAUAGCGGGGCGAGCUCUUCUAGAAGCCGGAGCUCUAGUACUUCUUCGCGAGGAAGUACCCGCCAGGGCGGGGUCGACGUGCCGGGACCGAGCGGAGCUGCAAGCAGCUCACAACAUUCUUGCGCUGGGGCUGUUCCGCCGCCGUUCGUGUUUGCGCCAGGAAUGAACCAUGGGGGACAAGAAGAGCAAAAUCUUAAUCAACAGGGUGGUGCGGCACCACUACAGCCAGAAGAAUUAUUGCACACGAUCGCUCCAGUCGUAUUCGCGGCUGGGUAAAUCUUCCAUUUUGCUGGUUUUAAGGUCGUCUUGCUUCUUGUCCCGACCACCCCCAGAGCGGUGGUCGUGAAACAACUUCGUUCUUUUAUUUCGUUUUGCUGUCGAGGUGGACCUUUGUGUGAGGUCCACCCAAAUCAAGAAUUCGGUCGUGAUUAGCAAGACAAAUACAUGUUAGAUUCCGAAAGCCCCAGAUUUACCGCAGAUCAAAAACAGCAUUACAAAUUGGCCAAAGGAUCAACCUGAAGAUCAAAGCACCAGCACGAUCAAAGGUUCCGGAAAUCCCUUCGUCAUAAAUUGUAGUACUGAUUUAGCUCGUACAAGAACCGUAGACCACACUGCCGCUCACUAAAUGGUGAGCGCGAUCACAAAAGGGAAAGAGGAGAAGAAGCAUCAUCACCAAAUGGUCGAAAUAUGCAUGACAGAUUGCUGUCGGGCAUUUCCGAGCAGAACGGCCGCCAGCAUUACAAAUUCAUGCUUUGUUUGUCAACCUUCACUGCAGAUGCAUUAGCUUCUCCACGGGAAACUAUUAGGGCUUGUAUGCUUUUCAGCAUUACAAAUUAUUUACGCUUACCUCUAAACACCCUAAUACGGGCACAAACGGCAUAGCUUAUUUUGGAAGGCAAAGGAACACCUAAACUACACACGAGAAGCACCGGAGUGCAUUACAAACUGAAUACUAUUCUGAUUCCUAGUAGUGUUCAGAAUCUUCUUGAGUUUUCUUUUGCGUCUCUCGUCUUUGGAGUCGUUGGGAAACCUACGCGUGAAAGAAACCAAUCGUCAAAAUCAGGUGGAGUCACAAGUGGUGGACCCGAGCGGCAACGAAGCCAGAGCGUUUUUAUUUUUAUUUGGGUAAAUAAUAGAUACGCACGGCCUUGCUGCAUAAAGUUAACUUUUACUACGAGUUUCUAUUUUAUCUAUUUCUUUCUAUUUCUUUCCCGUGGGGAAUUUGCAUUUCAAAUUAUCACUUACUACUAAUUUUUCUGAGGUUUCUAUUUUGUUUUGCAACUGCAUCUUGAGAAUUUUACGGAAACGGACUUUACGGGCUACAUUUUGGUUUGGUAACAAGCAGAAGUGAAUCUAGGUUCAAACAAAAAAUGGCGAAUAAAAUCUUCAAUGUCCGCGGCCGGAAAUACAAGCGGCCUAGCAAUCUGACGCGGCAAAACCUGGACAGCCUGCAUCACUCGGAAACGGAUCCGGUGACGGGUGUCGGCGCCUCCCGCAUGCAUUCGGUUGGAACGGCUUCAACCAUCUCGCACAUGCAAUUACACCGCACGCCGGUGCGGGUUCUGGAUGAGGAUGGCCUCCCGGCAACGUCAAAAUACCCGUCCAAGGAGGAUGCCGGGUCGAGUUGUUUGCCACUGUGUUUUGCGGGUUUGCAGAAGGUCGGCGUUUGCGUCUGGAAAGGACUGCGAUUUGCUGUUUUACGGGCGAAAACCACUGCCAGCCAGCAGUGGGGCAAGAGCAGUAGUCACACUGGAAGCGCAGACGACAUUCCGAAAAAAGGCAGCGUCCACAGCUAUGCAACAAGCCGGAAAGCGUUCGGGGCAGCGGGGUUACGACAGAUGGUUACUCGCCCGCGGCGCGGCUCCGGAAGAAUGGUUUCAAGCGGUUUGGCGAGGCGCAGCGAUGUGGCGUCUUCUUGUGCGGAAACCGACCGCACGACCAAGACCGGGAUCUUCGGCAAGAAAAAAACAGUAUCUGGGAAAGGACUGAAAAGCAAGACCACUACUGCAGAGGCGCCGAAGGAUGGAGACGGCGACGGAGCCGCCCCGGCAGUGGCUUCCCCGAGUCUCAGCAGCGUCGUGGGCCGUGUUCUGGCGGUCGGCUCUCAUGGUUUUACCAUUGAGACCGCCGCCAGGAAUGCAAGCGGAGGCAUUACGGUCAAGGGCGUCGACAAGGCGGGCGCUUUGCCGGCCUCCCCUUUCGAAGUGUACAAGCUGGGCCGAGCGAUUCGAAAGGAAGCCGCGAAACACUUCACAACCCCGGCGGGAUUUGUGUGCGCCGUCAAACUCUCGAGCGGGUCGAUCCGGUUUGAAUUGGAUAUCUCCCCACGCGCUCCAGCACGGGCGGACGGCGUUCGAAGCAACUACAAACAAGACGUUUUUCCACCAGUAAAGCGCGAGGACGGACAGAUUUUAGUGCUGGAAGGGUCUUCCGAUGCAAUAGUUUUCGAGGAGUGCCGCCUGGUUUUGGAUUGGAUGGAGACUAUCGGGGGGGAAUUCCACAGAGGGUUCAAACAACUCGAACUCCAAGCAAAGGCAAACACCAGUGCGCGGCGCAUUUUGCGGACACUUCGAGAACGGGCGCACGGAGAGGCGAUGGAGGAAGACGAAGCAUGGCGGGCUCUUAUCCUCGAAUUCGGUUACCGGUGCCGCGUGGCCACAAACUUAACGCCAGCGCGGGUCAAGGUUUUCGAGAAGAAGCGCAUGCAGGUCGUGCACAAGUCGAAUCUCACCGAUUUUGCCGCUACGCUGGAAGAACGUUUUAGCGGGUUUAUGGAUUUCCGCAGCAGGGAGGGGGACAAGGUUUACAGCCUGGACGACAAAGCCGGGACUGAGGAUUUCCUAGUUGCGUUCCACCGUCGCCUCACUGCACCUUCGAAACUCGGACCGGAGUUAUCAGCUGGCAUUCCGGAGAAGCAGCUGACAAAAAUCAAAUUUGAGUUGGAAAGAAUGCGCGACCCGGAGGCCCCGCAUCUCUCUCUCCAACCCCACAACACGACGACGCGGGAUUAUCUCAACGCCAUGACAUCGGUGGCAACAAUGGCUCUGAACCAGGCGCAGGAUCAAGAAGCUUGGGGUGGGGGUCUAGCUUGCAUCGAUGUCGACGACCCGGAGGGCAAUGCUUUGAUGCCGUUGGGGGGGCCAAGUCUUCAGGGGCGAACGGUCAACAUGGCUUGCGGUCUGAAACAUUCCGUCAGAUACCAUGAUGAGACGGACGUGGAUACCGCUUAUGCGCGAAUUUGUUUUGCAAAACAGCUCCAGUUCACCACGUGCAAACUCUGCUCCGACUUGAAUGGGAAACAGGUAACGCAUGCGGUUUGCGAUCCGUUUCAGAAGCUAACCGGAAAGAGUUUGUGCCCGACAGAACGAGCAGUAGCGAGCGGCCUCACUUUGGAAAAACUGGCACAACUUCCGGCGGGUUACUGUUCCCGCGCUCUUUGUACUACGCCGGGCGCGACUUCGAGAAUUGUGGAAGAACAUUUUCUCACCCCGGGAUGGGAAGAAAAGCAGCGUAAGGAGUACGAAGGGCUAACGGUGGAACAGAAGAAAACUUGGCGGCCGAAGUUGAACGACUGGAAGGAACUGAACAAACGCGGAAUUUAUUCCCACAGUGCGCCGCAGCGGAACAACAAGAAACAAGGCAAAGGCGGGGGCAAGGGAAGUUUGCACUCGUUGGACGCAAAGGAGCCGGGCAGCACCAGUACGGGCGGCAUGACCCCGGAAGAACAAGAGUUGAUGGAGAUGGUGAUGGAUUGCGACAAACGAUUGACGGCGGCCGAAGUCCACCAUCCUCCGCCCGAGCCUCGGAACGGUUUCGCGGGUGUCAUCUAUAUGGAUUUUAAAGAGGAUGGUCUUCUUAAGGGGUGGCACGAGUCGGAUUUUGUCAAUUUCUGUGCGAAGACCCGCUAUUUUGAGCUUCGGGAGGACGAUUCGGAGUUGUAUAACGGAAUUGCGAUUCGGUUUGUGGAUCCGGAAGCAACUGAUGAUGAAUGGAUGGGGUUAGGAAAGGUCGACGCAGGGCUUGGCCGAUCCCCAAACAGAGUCUUCGUCAAGGUGUUCGUCGGAGAUGAAACUAUUCUGGCGCACUUGGAUACCGGAAAUACAGUUGACCGAGCGGGCACCACCUCCAGGGGGGGGGACAAUUGCGCCAUGAGUUUGGCAGUGGCACAAGAAUUGGGUCUCGAAAUCCGGAAUACUGGGCGCAAACAGUUUAUCACGGAGGGCACUCGAGAAACAGUUCAUGACGCUCGGUAUGUUUCUCUCGAGUUCAGGCUCGAGAACAGCAAGGGGGAAAGAUCCGGUCUUUUGAAGAAGGACUUUCUCGUAUUGGACAACCUCACCGACGGAGUGAACAUUGGAUAUACUACCCUGCGCGGCCUCGGUGUUUUCGUGUCGGACGAGGAAGAAGGGCUGGAUGCGAAUUUGGCGCAUUAUGUUCUGCUUUCCGACCCGAAAAGGGAGUUGCUGGACCAAGCGACCUCCUACGAUGCUGCUACACUUUUCGGGCAAAACUGGGGUCGGGGGCCGCAGUGGUUCUGCGUGCCGAUCGUGAACAGCAAAACGGGAUCUGGGUACAGCCUAAAACGGCUCGACGCGGAGUCGGAGAUCAUCCUGCAAGCCGGGGAUACGGUCCGGGUGGAUCUUACCGAGUGGGCUGCAGAUCGUAUUAAAAAUGGAACGUCUGUGCUGGAUCUGUCUCCGAUGGGCAGGGCGAAGAAAAUAGAAACUACGUUGCCAAUCGUGCUGCACAGCUCGCAGUUUGAUACCGUGCAGGAAGACGAUAGAUUGGUGGUGCAAAUCACUAAUCCCAAUGUUAUGGGGAGGGCGCUGGUUCCUAGUGAUUUGUUUUGUCUCAAGCAUGUCGACCUGAAGUUGGCUCCUGUUCCCGGUCUACCCGCAAAUAAGUCGUUUGAAGUCGGAGAAGGAUUUUUUGGCGAAGAUGAUGACGACGAUGUGGAAGGGCGGGCUGAGGAUGAAGAGGAAUGCGCUUUCGGGACAUUGAAGGGUCGAACAGCGAAGAAGACUGCUAGUGGGCCUCUACAGUCGGUAGGAAGAUUUGUUGGAAAAUUAGCAGUCGCAGCAGCAGCGGGACUAGCAGUCGGGUGGCAAGGAUUUUCGGUUCCGCAUUUUGCGGCGCCGACAGUGUCAGAACCGGAUCUGCAUGAUGAAAAUGCUUUGUCGGCUUCGGAGAUGACAAAACUAGUUUCGGACGAAAUCAACACCCGAUGCGAAAGGGCAGCCGAAGAUCAAGAAGAUGAAAGCUGCAUGGUGUUGCGCGAUUUUUCGGUUACCCCGGCCUGGUGCUGGGACGUCCCGGCGAUGCCUGAAGGAACAGGAGAAAAACGCAACUUCAAGGAUUGGAAGGAGUUUAUCGAAACAAAAGGACCCGACACUGCGCUCAAGCUACUGAAAAACUUGGAUUGCGAUUGGAGCCAGUGGCAUAAGCUUGCGGACUACCUUCGGGCCUGGCGGCAGGAACACGGCGAACACCUGCGGGGACGAUUGACAAGGCAGGUCCGACGAGCCCGAUCAGCGGUAUUAGGGAAACAAGGUCUUGACAGCCCGGAGGCACAAAGACGGCAGUACCUAAAAACAGUUUUUGGAUCGAAUUGGAAAGAGCGGGCGGUGGAGGAUGGAAAAGAAUCUUUUCCAUUUGCGGACCUGGCUACAGCUCUACCGACGGAUGGGAGUUUGGACCACCUCCCACCGCUACUGCAAAUUUUGGAGGCCACUCGGUUGGGUUUGCAUUCCGAGUGCGAAAAGGUUCAGGAAGCUGCAGUUCGAUUUUUCGAUGCGUGGAAAAUAACUCGCUCCGGCGGAGGAAACGAAGAGGAUGCUACUACAGAUUUUACUAGAGUUAGCUCGGGGGGCAGUGGUAGUAGCUUUCGCUUGGGCAAAAUCGACGAAGACGAAUACGCAGUACUGAUGAAGGAAAUUGAGGAAAAGACGAAGAAGCUGGAGAAGGCAGGAGGACUACUAGCUGCGGACUCCGAGGAAUGGAAGGAGCAGGUGCGGAAUUACUGGACGGAACAUCGAGAACGACUUGCGGGUGGGUUGUCAGAUGAGGAGUUUGAAAAUUUUCGGGACGAAGUCAUCGUUCCUCAUGCCGCGCAGUUUCACGAUACCGGGCGCGAGUAUCCGGAGCUCGACAUCAAAAUCCCUAUUCCUGACCACAAGUCGGUCGAUAAUUCCACAGCACCAAGACCAUUCCAGCUGGGGCCGCUCGACAGAAUCCGGAUGGAGUUUAAUCUUCGAGAGGCAGUUGCGGAGGGCAAGUUGAUUAAAUUCAAUCCCGAAGUGCAUGACUUCCCGUUGAUGCUCAGUCCUGCGUUUCUUGCAGUGCGCAAGGGACACGCAGCAAAAAGAAUUGUUGUUGAUUAUAGGAAAUGCAAUUCUUUGGUCACCAACAUCUUCUACGAGAUGCCGCAAACGGACCAAAUUUUUUCGAAGCUUUUGCGGCGGGGUUCUCGUCUCUUUUCGGCGAUCGAUUUAGCGCUUGGCUAUAAUCAGCUUUCUUUGCCUGAGGAACUACAGAGAUGGUUGGCGUGGACGACCGGCGAGGGAAUUUAUUUCCCACAGAGAAUGCCUUUGGGACCCGUUUGGGCACCUUGCGUGUUUCAAGCUUGGACGCGGUCAACCUUUGAACCCAUUCCCUGCCCGGAGACAGGGGAGGAGUUUAUCAAUGUCUACAUCGACGACCUUUGUUACGAGUCGGCUUCGUAUGCAGAGUUGAAGGCGAGGUCGCUGGCAUUGUUGGAACAAUGUAAGAAGACGGGUUUUGCGUUGAGCCUGCGGAAGAGCUGUUUUGGGUGCAAGUCUUUGGAGAUUCUAGGCUACGAAUUUUCGGAAGAAGGACGGAAGCCAACGAAGAAACGCUGCGACCAGUUACGGAACUGGCCAACACCGAAGUCACGCGCGGAGCUGUUGUCGGCGGUUGCUUUUGCGAAUUUCAGUCGUGAAUACAUACCGGACUUCACGGAAAUCUGUCAUCCGCUCCGCCCCUACCUUCGUCAGAAAUCGGACUUCAAGAAAUUCCAAGGCGACCCAGCAGCAAUGGAUGCGUUUAAACGGUUGCGCACCUCCCUCCGGUCGGACGUUCCUUUGAGGGCUUUAGACCUUGCGGCGGGACAGAAUUGGCGCACUACCGGGCGGCCAAUUUGUGUUUUGCUCGACGCAAGCAUUUAUGGAAGGGGUUUUGUCAUCGCUCAGCCAGAGAAGAAGUUCGGGCCCCUGCGUCCGAUAAUGGCUAAGUCGAGGAGUUUUGCAGCUGGCGAUGCGAAUUUGGGAACUUUUGAACGCGAGUUGGCGGGGGUCAAGAUGUUCUGUGAUUUUGGGUUGAACCUUGUGGAGGGCAGCGAAAUUUUCCUACUUUUCGAUCACAAGAACUUGGGGGAAUCGGAGCUGGAAGAGAUUGCAAGAUCACAGGUGAAGUCAGCCAAGGUCCAGCGCUGGGUCGAAGGUAUGCUUCCGAAAUUGCGAUCUCCAUUGAUUCACCGGGUGCACAUUAGUGGCGAAUGCAAUAUUUUGGCGGAUAUCGUUUCCAGAUUCCCAGCAGAGGGCAAAGACCGCGAAGGAGUGCGGGCCGACCUACAGCGGGUAUUAGGUCAGAUGCCGAAUGGGGUUCGGGAUUGUAUCAGAUGGCUAUUUGGGUCGAAGAAGGACGAAGACCCGAGCGUGGGUCAAGGAGAAAUGCAGCCUCUCGGGGUGGCAGAACAAAGCCAAGUGCUGCACGUUUCUGCAACUGCCGAUGGGAACAAGAAGAAAAUAGUAGUGCUUCAGAAUGGGAAUCGGGUGGAGUACUCUUGGGGGCCGAGGAAGUUAUAUCGCAACUUCGACGAGGCAAAAGAAGCUGCGAUCAAGGGGCUGCCGGACCGGUUCCGCUCAGAUUUAUCCCAUUCCAACCAUCCGAAGGAAUUUAUCGCUCACGAUUUGGAAGCAAUAGCGAAGCCGCUGCGGGAUUUGCAAUGCACUGAUGGGGUGCAGGAGGUUAAGCUAUUCAAAGCGCAGUGGAAUCCCGGUCGAGAAACAGUUGAGUCGCCACUACUAAUUUGUCCGAAACACACCGGGGAAGCACUUCUACGGGCGCCAGGUAGGCGGUGCAAGUGCAAUUGUGGCGUGGCCCCGGUGCGACAGCGGAUUAUCCAGGAUCCGGGUGAUGGUUUGCGGUUUUGCCUCCCCAUCAAGGACCAAGAGGAUUUAAUAGUUGCGGAAACGGAAGAACUUUUGAAGAAACGGAACACCAGGCAGCGGAGUACUCGCCUGGCCGAAUUAGUAGAGCAGUUUGACGCGCUUCAGGAGCAGCGGAAUCAGGCUGGCCUCCUACCGAUUUUACAGGAACAAGCGGAGCAGGCCGCUCCCCCUUUGGAAAUUUCGCAAAACGGUUUGUCGUCGUCAUCUGCUGUUGCACCACUGCAAAUUCACGAAAAUGUAGCUGAUGUCAACAAGGACGAUUUGCAUGACAAACAGGAUGCUCAUGCGAAUUGUGAUGAAGGGAAUAGUGUUAAUUUCAGUAAUUCGGACGUCGAAGAGGAGGAUGGGAAGAAUUUGCAGGGGGGCAACAGGGAUGAAAACGUAGAGCCGUUGCUGGCGAUUGCGAAUUUUCCUGCAAAUCUACCUCCGGAACAGGUGGCAGACGAAGACGCAGAUUUGGAUCCAGCACCGGAAGAAGCCGAUCCAGAAGCUAUUUGGGUAAAUGCUAUCUUCAAGAAGGCCCAGGGAAUUUUUCUUCACGAUGGACCUACUGUUUUUCGGCUGCAAAGCCUGUACCGGCCGGGGGCGGUUCCGACAAAGGCGACUCCGAUUACGGAUUUGGAGCCGUUAGAUGGUGUUUUACUUCUCUGCCAGCACUGCUACGGCGAAACGGUUCCGGAAUUUGUGGAAGUAGUGCGACCUCCUCAAGCGUACUACAAGAUCCAGGAGCAGUGGAACUACAAGAAAUUCAUUUUCUCUGCUCCGUCGAAGGUUUCGGCAGGAACAGGAGCAGGGUUGGGGGCAGUAGGGUCGCAGUUGCCGCUGCGACGAUUUUGGAAAAGCGGAUACAAGGGAAUGCUGGCUUUUGGCGCACAAGCUCCGCCCCCUGGAGUGGACGAAGAAACGGCAGUUCCGGUGGACGUUACCAAAGAAAGAAUUGCGCAAAUGCAGCAAAAGGCCUGGCCAGAACAUUUUUGGGUCCUGGACAAUGUGGGCCGGUUUUCGUUGGAAGAACUACUUCAACGCGCGGCGCGUCGUUGGGGUGUGAAACGGGCAAAGACUGCUAUCGACGAUGUGAAGCAGAGGCAGUUUUGUCGAGAUGCAGACGAUGUUCUGAUCCGGUUAGAUCGCGACCACGUUUUUAGGGUGGUGGUUCCAUCGGGGGAAUUUGUGGAUGGGGUUGCUGGGUUCGAAGAAGAAGAGCUGACGCACCUGUUUCCCUCGGGUUCGAUUUCGCUUCGCGAAUACUUGAUCUGGGCCAUCCACCGUUCGGCCGUGGGGGCUGCUCACGCGGGUGAGUAUGCAACUUUUGUUGAGAUUUUGCGGUGCGGAUUCUUGUGGAACAACAUGCGGAAAGAUGUUGCGGCCUUCAUCGCAAGAUGCCCGGCGUGCAACACCAACGUGCGGGAACAGCAGUUGAUCUCAUCGCGGGCGGAGGUGCUGGAAUAUGGACAGUUCUUGGAUUGCAUCAUGUUCGAUUAUGCCGGACCUUACAAAACCACUACUGGCACUGAACAAAAAUACAUCUUCACGGCUUGCGAUGUCUUCAGUGGUUAUAACUGGAUAUUCAGCACAGAAAACAAAACCGUCGAGAAAGCGAUCGAGUGUUUGGAGAAAAUUUUCAAGCGCUUUGGAGCGCCGAGGAAAUUGCGAGCCGACAACGGGUUCGAGCAUUUCAAAAACAAGGGCUAUGGCAAGCUUCGGGCGUGGAUGCGUCGCAACUUCCCGGCCGUGAAGUUUGUGCCAGGGACCAGCUAUCACCCGGCGGGCCAUCAUGCGGCUGAGUAUGUUCACAAAUUCUGCACCCACUUCUUCAGAACGUCCCCAGGCCCGGGCACGCAGUUGGAGUGGUCUGACAGGGUUGAAGAUCUCGAUCUGGCGCUGAACCGAAUGCCGCUCGAAGGAAGGAAUGGUCGAUCCGCAUUAGACGUUUUGGGGUUUGAGGUUCGGGGGCAGUUGUUUCCACAAUUACGAGCUGCCGUGCCAGAACCCAGUAGGGCUGUUGAGCUAUCAAUCGGUGAUGCGUUGGACCAGGUCGAACGGAAACGACGGGAACUGGCGGUCGACUGCCUCGAGGAUAAGGCUUUGGCGGCGGAACGUACUCGAAAGAAACUGAUCGCAAAGAGGGGUAGCCGGUUUCCUGAUGUCAUUGUGGGGGAUCUAGUUCAGGUGGAGUUGCCACCGGCUCAGGUUCGUGGGAAGCAAGAGCUCGCUGGGGUUUACGGAAAGCCGAUCUACGAGGUGACUGGAGUUUUAGACCGUGCAGUAUACCUGGCUGACCGCAAUGGCUCGGCCGAUAUCCCGAUGAAGAAUCCAGUCAGCUUGGACAGAGUGACCGUGAUUGGAAAUAUCGCCGAAUACCGAAGGGACGACUACGCUUUCAAAGCUCGGAACGGAUGCGGCUGGGUUCGGAUUAUUUGCGUUUGGAGGGAUUCCGCCACUGUCACACUAGCAGAAGCGGCUCCCAUGGAAGUCCGCUACCGGAAGUGGUUUUUAGACAAUGAAGUCAUACCGAUAUCCAGCAUGCCAGCGCAAUAGGCGUCCUGGUGUAAAGCGGGGGCAUUUGGGUAAAUUCAAAAAUUGUGCUUUACCCCAGCCCGCCCGACUACAUGACACUUGUAAGAUGAAGACGUUAGAUUUAGAACCACCGAUGCUGGUACGCACCUACUCACCGCGCUUUCUAAGAUUUAUUUGGUUUUGGUUUGCACAGCACUGAAAAUCGUACUUCAUAUCUCGGGUCUUCGCUAUCGUUUACAUCGUUGGGAAGACAAGUCGUUUCUAGCAUUACAAAUUGGGGAAAUCGUUUUUGGAAAAAGGUCGUAAUUACUAUCGUGCUACGGACAUCGUUUUAUCGUGGGGCUAAAGUCGUGAACUAGGGGGGCUGGGCCGAAGAGGAUUUUCUUGGCUCAAGUCUCUCUUGCAGUUUCGACCAGGGUCACUCAUAGUUUUGGAAAUUUAAAGACGUUCAUUUAUUUCUGGUUUCGCAUGGUAGUUCUAUAUUGUAUGAUGAUAGUCAGCUAAGGUUUUGAAAACAUUAUUUGUUGGUUUGUAAUGCGGGUUUCGUCAGGAUUCCCGGACUUUCGGCAAAAGUCCUGGGAUCUUGAUUCCUCAGGACGAGAAACCGCUUUUCUAGAAUAGGAGGAAGGGGGAAAACUUGUUUCUCUUCCCCCCGUUCUCCACUUUCUACAUGUAUGAUGGAUUUGUGUACUCUCUCUUCCUGGGAUUCCAGCUAUUUAGGUUUUAUUUUAUUCUCUUGUAUGAUUUUCAAACCAUGAUCUGGGUGAAGUUUCUACUAAGACCGAUGGCGCUACAAAGAUAGGGAGGUUAUUAGUUUAACGGAGCAGUAGCCGGAUACAGAGUGGGACAAAAGCAAGGACAAAGGGUUUUCGAUGGGAGUCUUCGUAUUCGAUUGUGCGCCACUACCGGGAGCCAAUCGUUUAUUUGGGUAAAUCUUCCAUUUUGCUGGUUUUAAGGUCGUCUUGCUUCUUGUCCCGACCACCCCCAGAGCGGUGGUCGUGAAACAACUUCGUUCUUUUAUUUCGUUUUGCUGUCGAGGUGGACCUUUGUGUGAGGUCCACCCAAAUCAAGAAUUCGGUCGUGAUUAGCAAGACAAAUACAUGUUAGAUUCCGAAAGCCCCAGAUUUACCGCAGAUCAAAAACAGCAUUACAAAUUGGCCAAAGGAUCAACCUGAAGAUCAAAGCACCAGCACGAUCAAAGGUUCCGGAAAUCCCUUCGUCAUAAAUUGUAGUACUGAUUUAGCUCGUACAAGAACCGUAGACCACACUGCCGCUCACUAAAUGGUGAGCGCGAUCACAAAAGGGAAAGAGGAGAAGAAGCAUCGUCACCAAAUGGUCGAAAUAUGCAUGACAGAUUGCUGUCGGGCAUUUCCGAGCAGAACGGCCGCCAGCAUUACAAAUUCAUGCUUUGUUUGUCAACCUUCACUGCAGAUGCAUUAGUUUCUCCACGGGAAACUAUUAGGGCUUGUAUGCUUUUCAGCAUUACAAAUUAUUUACGCUUACCUCUAAACACCCUAAUACGGGCACAAACGGCAUAGCUUAUUUUGGAAGGCAAAGGAACACCUAAACUACACACGAGAAGCACCGGAGUGCAUUACAAACUGGAUACUAUUCUGAUUCCUAGUAGUGUUCAGAAUCUUCUUGAGUUUUCUUUUGCGUCUCUCGUCUUUGGAGUCGUUGGGAAACCUACGCGUGAAAGAGACCAAUCGUCAAAAUCAGGUGGAAUCACACGGCGACCGAUCAAAGUCAACAAAGUGGUCCUCUUCAAAAUGCCCAACCGAUCGGGCAACAAUACCAGCAGUGCCAAUUUUUUUAUUGCGCCGUCCCGCUCGCGAACUAUCUGCAGGGGCACCAACCGCAGCCCGAGCAUUUUUUUCAGCACAACUUUCGGCAAGAUGAUGAGUUCACUGUCUACGUCGAUCCGCUAGUCGAUAUACUUAACAAGGAGUGUGGCGAGGAUAAUUCGGAGAAAAUCCUCGACACGAUCGAACAAUACCUACACCACCUCACCGUUAUCAACGCCGAGGGGUGCUGCGCGGCUAGGAUGGUAAACGACCACCUCAGUCUCUUGCGAAGAGAUGGAAACGAAAUUUUGCGGCGGUUGGACACCGCCAAGAAAGAACUACUUUUCGGUGGGAAGGAAGGUAGAUCAUCCGGUAGAAGAUCAUCAUCUUCAGAUGGUGCGACGAAUGAUAAUUCUACCGGAGUAGGUCUUGGUGUGCUGUCUGCAAAUAAGAUCAGCGCGCUUUACUCGCUGUUCCUCCGAACGGUGUUAACCUCCUCAGCGCACUUCCUGUUCGCAACGGGUUCGGCUGCUAAUCUUCCCACGACCACGAGGUUUCGCUUCCCGGAGAAGGCCUGGCUUUCCCUCCUUCGCCGGAUCGCGGAGGACAGUCUAUGCAAUGCAAAAGCAUCCCUGCACUAGUAUAAAUUGCAUUACAAAUUAGCACAGCAUUACAAAUUGAAUUUGUAAUGCUGAUUUACCUUGGGAAAGAGAUUUGUAAUGCAUAAAUGCAAUUUGUACGAGUACGAUGCUUUUGCACAGGAUACAGACCGAGAUUCGACGAAAUUCUCGCGGAAAAAAUCACGGAGAAAACCUUCCCGACCGUGUGGUGGCAAGUAUGCAUUGCAAAUAUGUCUGGGUCCGGAAAGUUGCAACUUGUCAUGCUAAUUCUGGAUCGUGCAAAAAUCUGUGUUGUAUGAAUGCCAAAAGCUGUCCGCUUUUGACCAAGUUGGGAGGAAAUUUCUCAUGCGGGAUGGCCACGAUAGGGAUCUCACAGAAUCUGUCAUGCUAGAUCCUGCAUUCCGGACGAGAUCGAUCAUGGAAAAUUUGUAUGACAAGCCACGGAAUCUUCCAGAGGACCCAGACAUAUUUGCAGUUCAUAGCAAGCACACGAUAGCAACGUUUUCCUCUCGGAUUUACUUCUCGACCAUGUAUCCCACUUGCAAAAAUCUCUACUGCGGAAAAGCGCAGACUGGGGAGAAGGAUUGUCCGGCGAGAAGUCGAGCCGAUUCUACCGGGAGAACUUAUUCGAGUCGAGAAGAAUCAAGACGAACGGGCGCGUGCACGAAAAUUUCGAUUCGGUAGACAAGGAAACACUGGAAGUGUUGGACAAGAUUACCUCUUUGCUCUCUGUCGUGUACCGGAAGGGGAGAAAUAAUUUCAAGUUGAACCACCAAUCCGAUUUUUCCUCCACGAUCUUCCAAAUCGCCGCAAAAGCCGCGGUGCAUUUAAAGCCAGGACCCUUAGCCUUCUGGCGCGACGGGUUUCAGAACGACGACGCCCAAUUCCAACAGCCCGACGGCGUUGGCAACUCGAAGAACCGGGAAUACCGGAGGUGCCGGGGGGGCCGGGUCUGCGGGGAAGUUCCGGACCGGGACAGAGCGGUCAGCGAGAGUUCUAGCGACGAGGAGCUCCCGGAGGACUACGACAGCGACCGAGAUGGGUUGUGCAGCAAAGCGCACCUCGCGUUCAACAUGACGAACUACAUGCGGCACCGGCUGGACAAGCAGCGGUUCAUCUACCAGGCCUUGUCGAAAGCGCUGGAACUGAUGGUGAGGAGUCUGGUUGGGGCGCCGAUUGUAGUGGCUCCCGAGCAGGACGACUAUCAACAUGUUGAUCCCCAGAGCAGGAUGAAUUAUCGGCAUUUGAGUACCUGGAACGCAAACUACGCUAUCGCGGUGGAGAUCCACCGAGCUUUUCUCAAAUCCACCCUGCUGGAUAGCAAGACCUACGCGAAACCGAAUAAGACGCACAAAGUGCCAAGCUUAGUCUUCUUUCGGUACCUGAGUGUUUUUCCGGAUUUCUUCAAGAUCGUGAAAUACAUCCGGCUGAACUUGCAGAAAAACUUGACCUUCUGGCGAACGAAUCGCAACUUUGUCUGGGUGCCUCUCUAUCAAAUGCAAAUGUGUCUGGGAGGUCUGGAAGGUUGCAACUUUUCGUGAUGCUGUGUUUGGAUUCUAUUUCUAAAAAAGAUUUGUCGAGCAUGACCAGCAAGAGGAAUCCACCUUCUACUACGUGGGGAGGGCGUUUCUCAUGUGGAACAGGCAUGAGGAGGCGCUGUAAAAAUUUGUGAUGCUAGGUCAUGCAUUACAGGCAUCUUGGGUCUUCACGCAAAAUAUGCAUGACAAACCUGUCACUCUUCCAGGCCCAGACAUACUUGCAGUUGAUACCCUCAGCAGCAAGGCCCAGUGGAUCAAGAACGUGUACUACAAAACCUUCGCGUGGACCUACAAGCCGAGAGGGAGGUCCUCCGCGGAUGUUGAAGAUGUAGAAAAUAACCUUUCCCCUGCUCGCAGCUCUGAUCCGGCUACUCGGAGGACCAAUUCCUUCGGCACCAGUAGAAGUACUAAAUUCCUGCAUCCCAAACUCAACCCACUCCCGGUGUCCGCGCUGGAUUUUUCCGAGAAGCGAAACGGGCUGCAGGCACUGAACCCGGAAGAUUUCUUGCACCUCCUCCCGACCGAUAGUGUUCUCGAGCUCCAAUCUGCGAUCCAUAUCACCGCGGGGAAGACGGCGCAAAUCAGCGAUUAUAGUGAAAUGGCGCAAAACUUCAACCGGUUUACCACUGCGACCAUGCGGUCGUUGUAUUCGGGUGAAAAGGACUGGAAGCUGCAGGAACUGUUUACGAAGGAAUUUCUCGAGAAGGGGCUGCACUGGUUCAACUGGUUUUUGGAGUACAAAGCCGGGCGGAAUUUGAACAAUUUACCCUCUUUUGUCCUUCCCCGAAAAGCAGACCAGGUCUCCAACCCCGACCCGACGCGGGUUGCGGAAUCCUCCGAAAUAACGCUCCGCCAGCGGGAAAUUAACGGGAUUGCAUACCACCUGAUGCCAGAGGAAAAAGACGCGGAGUUCUCCAGCUACAUAGGCGCCUGGGGGCUUUUCGCGAACAAGUUGACGCCCGACGCGCUCCAAAAAGACGUGCGGUUUCAGGAAUUGCUCCUAAAAGUGUCGGAGAAGUUGGUAUCGGCAGUGGAGAAAAAUGCAAAGGGAAAAGACAAUUUUGCAAAAGACAGAAAUACCCACAUUCCCUCCUUCGAAGAAGUUGUAAACCGUCUCCCCUUAGCUGCGCAAGAGAAAGUCGGCGGCUUCUUGGGCGAUGUCGCGACGGAAGGUUUGAAGUCGGUGCCGGUAACGCGGAGAAUAACCCGGAACGAGUUAACCGGCAGGUACUUCGUCGCCGUCGGCAUCGAUGCUCCCGCAGGGGGGGCAGACGCGAAUUGUCUCGACCAGGAGAAAAAACAGCAGUGGACGUUGUUUUUCGACUUGUUUUUGCGCGCGCACACGAAAUUGUCCGAAGCGCUCAAGUACCGGCUCGCGCGGGCGGAUCCCAGGCUGCUGGAAGACCACGCCUACCGGGAACAACUACAAGAUGAAUCUGGUGGGCAGAAACCUGCUCUUCUCGUGGAAAACAACGAGGCAAAUCGGAGGCUUUUCGGCCCGCGGGAGGGGAAGGAGGAGCGAAGGAAAAGGAAAAUAAGUGAUGCCGCGAAAAGAAAGAACCUCGUUCUUGCGGGCAGGACAAGUGCCAACGGUGCCAGUUCUUCGUCAACAACAACAUUUUCCAGCCCUACAACACCUCCGCAAGAACUACUUCCACCUAAUCGACAACAAGAAUCUAGCUUGCCGGAGUCGAAAGCGAGGCUCUGGAAAGAGCUGGGCGACUGGCGGAUACCGAUUGAUGUACCGGCUGAAAAUAGCGAGACGACGGGACAACCGAAUUGUUCAGAUGACAAUCUAACGUACGUGAGAAUGGAGCGCCGCAUUCAGUUUUUACUGGACCAGCUCGGGAACUCCCCGCUGUUCCGACUCUUAGAGCAAUCCACUAUUGCCUCCAGCUCGGUACGGCAGCCGGUGGCGAAGGUGUUCCGGCCGCCGUUGUUGCCAAGUGGAAAGGAAAUGGAGGAGAACCAGAAAUUCUUAACGGAAGAAUUAAAGCCGGUGAGAACGAUUGGGGAAAAGCUGCAGAAACUGCGAGAAGAGUGGGAAGUUAUUGGGAAAGUGCUAGAACAAGCCGCGUGAAGAUAGGGAAAGAUGGGUAGUUGCUUUCAUCGUGCUAAGUAUUGGUACUGAAGCAGUUGUGGACAGACUUCCGUUGCGUUAAGCCUUGCGAGGAUGAACACUACGCCAGGUGGUUGAAUUCUAUAGACAGAUUUAAGUAAUUUUAAGCAUAGAGGAAACCAAAUACAAACUCUUAUUGUCUUUAUUGCCGUUAAUACUCCGUAUUUGCUAAACCAAUUAGACAGCUUCAUGCCGUCGCACCUGCAACUUUUGCACGAUAUACAACAGUAAGUACCUAUAGGCAUUUACCACUACCCGCCUAGCUGCACAUCACAAUACUUAAAUAUAUAGACAAAUUCAUUGCUCAAGGUACUUCCCGCAAAUUCAGAAUUGAAAAUGGAAAAAUCCUCUGUGACAAGUUCUUUCGCAGAUCAACUCAAGUCUGCAAAUCGAAGAAACCUCGACUCAUAGAUAAAAACGGCCAUUCGGGAAUAAAGCACAAUAUCGAGCGCUGGAAUUAGGUACUGGUUAAAUAAGUAGAUGAUGAUCGUUUGUUGCGCUCCUGAUCCGCUGUACUAGAGACAAAUUAUGGACAAUCAGCACUACAACCAUAUUAUUUCUUUCCUGAGAAAUUCACACGCUUUCAAGUUAAUUGCAAUUCAGUUCGAGAAAAACAAUUUGAAAAGACAGAAAGUCAUGUAAAAAAAGAAGCUCUGAAAGGCACGAAAAGUAAUGAACUCAAUGCCGCGCUCUGCAAACUUUUUGCCCGAUUUUGUCUUGAGAAAGACGGCAAGAAAAAAGGAAAACAGUGUGGAAUCAUAUAAGAAUGAAAACCUCUUCUCCAUUACAAUCCCAGAUUAGGGAUGAGGAACAG